AUGAGCAUAUGUAAUGGACUUCGCCCAAACUUAGAUAUUGUUAAUGUACCUCAACUAUUGAAAACAUUAAUUGUCAAGUGCUGGGAUGAUAAUCCUUUAUUUCAUCCAGAAGCCCAUGAGUUAUUUCCUCUUUUUAGAAAGUGUCAAAUACAUGAUUUAAAUUUAAUUUUGGAAAAAGUUAACGUUGAAGAUAAUGAGUAA